UGCUGAUAACGCUGUGCCUUUUUUUUUUUUAAUUUUUAUAGUUACUUCUUCACCGUCAUCACUAGUCCCUAAACAUUUUUUCACCGUUAGCUGAAUUGCGAAUAUUACCUACCUCCGUACCCGUCCUUUCUUUUGUAAUUAGAUUUCACUGUAUCCGAAAAAAUGAAUUCUAAACUCUUAGCCUUGAGCUCAAAGAUAAUUUUUAGGAAUCCAAGUAGAAUGUUUUCUGCUUCUAACGCAAAAUUCACCAAAGUCAAUGAUGAAGGGUUUCCCGAUCCUUUGGAUUUAGCUACUGGUAUUGAAAAAAAAGAAAUGCUCUUGCGUCUAGCUGGAAAUGAUGAUCCAUACAAUUUGAAAGCUAUAAAGCGUGGCGUGGGUACCAGUGAUAAACCCACUUUAGUUCCAUCUGCCUUUGAAGCAAGAAUUAUUGGCUGUGUCUGUGAAGAAGACGCAUCUCAUGUCAAAUGGAUGUGGCUACAUUCUGGAGAACCAAAACGUUGUUAUUGUGGACAUUGGUUUAAAUUAGAAUUCAAGGAAGCGCUUGUAUGAACAGUAAAUGUUUGUUAUAACAAGUAUAUAGUCCUGGUUCAAAUGAUAUAUUUUUUGUCUGUUAAAUUGUUAUGUUAUUAAAAAGUUCAUCUUUGGAAUCAAUAACAGUUGAUUGUUAUUAAAUUGUUUAACGAAAAUAAGUAAGGCUUAUGAAAAAAAAAAAAAGAAUGUUAGAAUAAUAUAUUUUAGUAUUUUAAGUACUUAAACUGUUCACAUUGUUAAUUCGACAAACACUGUCAUUUGUAGUUUUGGUAAAAUAAUCAAUUAUAAAUAUUAUAUUAAAUUAAA